AGUAACGAUUGGGGGCCUUCCUUAUAGAAAAGUAAAAGAUUUAAGAGGGAGAAAUUUUCAAAACUAAGCCGAAGUUACUGCUGAACGGAAAUCUGAAAGCAUACUCAAGGAUUUUAUUAUUCAUUAUCGCCUUAGAAAAACUGAUAUGGAAAACAUUGAUAAUAAGAAAAGUGAUAUUUGUUACAUUCAAAAACGUCAUAAAAUAAACAAACCGACUAAUCUUCUUUUCUCGAAUUCAGGUUUAUUGACUGUAAAGAAAGCUGGUGAGAAGGGCGUUACUUCUUACAAUAGCGAGGAGAGAAAACUAUCCGAUUAUCAAGAGAUAAAAAAGGGAAAACCCAAGUUAAACAAAAACCACAGUUAUGGUAAUAUUUUUAGCCUUUGGAAGGAUAAUGCUCAUCGUUCCAAUGAAAAUGAACAAUCUUCUAGUGGAAAAGAGAAACCUAUACCUAGAACAACUAGUUUUAAAGAAGUAUGGGAAGCCGUUUCUCAUUUUCACUUGCCCCACGGUCACUCAUUCAAAUCUCGGCAUAAUUUAAAAUCUCCUCUUGGUACAAAAUUUCUUGAGAUGGGGCGGUUAGGAUUUAAUCACUUCACUGUUGUAAAACAAAUUGGUUCUGGUAGUUUUGGAAGGGUCUAUCUUUGUAAGCACAAGGUUACUGGAGAAUUAGUUGUCAUAAAAGCUUUGGACAAACGUUUUGUUGUUAAAACUAAACAAGAAAGUCAAGUAAUGGAAGAAAAACAUAUUUUAAAGCUGUUGGGACAACACGGUUGUCCCUUUACUGUAAAAGCCUUAGCAAGUUUUCAAGACCUAUACAUGCUUUACUUUGUUAUGGAGUACAUAGCUGGAGGGGAACUUUUUGCUCAUCUAGAGGCUGCUCGUCAUCACAGAUUUAGUGAAAAAAGAGCGAGAUACUAUGUCGCCGAAUUAAUUCUAGCCUUAAAAUAUAUGCACGAAAAAGAACACAUCGUUUACCGCGACAUUAAACCCGAAAAUAUGUUGUUAGAUAAAAAAGGCCACCUCAAAUUAAUAGAUUUUGGUUUUGCAAAGCAGCUUGGGGGAGAGGAAAAAACAUACACUUUUUGUGGCACCCCCGAUUAUCUUGCACCUGAAGUUAUUACGAGAAGGGGCUAUAAUUAUGAAGCUGAUUUAUGGAGUUUGGGGGUCUUGAUUUACGAAUUGGUAGUGGGACAUGCACCGUUCGUCACCGUGAAUCCACAUUCUAAGGAGGUUGACUAUAAAGCUAUUUUGACCGGACAAUUUUUUUUACCCUCUCAUCUUUCUACCGCCGUUAAAGAUCUUAUCGUAAGCUUGUUGCAGGUCGAUAGGAAUUAUCGUCUUGGGGCGAAAAAUGGAUUAUCUGACGUAAUGAACCAUCCCUGGUUCGCUGGGGUGGAUUGGGGAGGCAUGUUGAAGAAAACUGUUAAACCGCCAAAGCCUUAUCAUUUUAAAAAGGGGCUUGUUAAUAUCCAGCUUGGCGGUGGUAAACUGGAUCCCAGCAAACUUGGAGAUGUGGACCAAUCGCUUUUCACUCAUUUUGAUUUUAACUUGGAAACUGAGAGCGACUUAAGCGAUGACGUUACUUCAGCUUCUACACGUUGGAGCAGCAGCCCUCAGAUAGCAAAUGGCCAGGAUACUCAUCCUCCACUAUCCGCCAGCCAAGUAGGAAAAAGCCAGUUAUCCAGCCAUAGUGCCGAGCUUUUCCUUGUUAAGCCUGAUAAGGAAAGUAGAGGCCUCAAAAAAACUGUUGUGUUUUCUAUCGGGGGAGACGAAAGUGAAGAGUAUGGCAACAAAACUUCUGAACCCAAAUAAUUUUUUUUAUUGCGACUCUUUGGGUGGCAGAUUUUGUU